UACCGUCUUGCACGUGCGGCUCAUCAGCUGGAACUCGCAGACUAGCGUACGCCUCUAGGGCAGACAAACGGUGGGAAAAACCCACCUACAAACACAAAUCAGGUGGCGCCUUCUUUCUUCACCACCUGGGAUGCAGCAAUAUCGGUACUAAGGUUCAUGAGAGUCCUCAGCAGCAUGGCGCCAGCUAGUGAGAACCUCUUUGAGCGGUUGUCGGACGACUUGGUUACAAAAAUCCUGGACCGAAGGCUGUGGUGUCCUCUUGAUUGGGAUGCAAACAAGGCCCAGGAGCGAGUCAGGUUGGAGCUCGUCUGCAAGAGGUUUCAACAUCUGGUGCGCACUUCAAGAAGUUUUGAGUGGGACUUUACUUUGGCUCCAGAAAGUCAAGCUGUCUUCCUGAGCUACGUUCUCCCAAGCUUAGCAGAUUUGCGGCACCUGGAGCGGGUUGCCCUAUAUCUGAAAGCAGAUGAAUCUUUCCUGACCUUUCUUCUAUUGCUCAUCCCUCAAGCACUGGGGACUCUCAAGGAGGUGCACUUGUUUCUGGAAGACGAGAGCGAGCACUAUGAAGAGCUCUACGUUGACUGGGACAUUGUAUUCAGGCUUCUCCAGGCUUGCGUCCAUCUCACGAUCCUGGACAUCAAUCUGUGGGAUAGUUGGGUCAGGACCCCUUCAAAAACGCUGACAUUUGCGAAGCCCCUGCAGUCAUUUCCAUCGCUGCACGUCUUAUAUCUAUACGGAUUCGCAGUCCCCAGCACCGGGUUUGAGCAGUUUAUCCAGUCGUUUCCAUCACUCCAAAGCUUGGAGCUACAUCGUGCUGACAGUGAAUUAAAGGCUGCAAUGCCAAGCUCUAUUAAGAAAGUAUUCUUCUGGGGCGCUGGCAUCGCGGGUCUGGAUCUGGAAAACCCUGAGAGAGCUCAAGUUCCUGAAAGCCUGGAGAUGCUGCUGAGGAUUGUAAGGAGCAAGUGUGCAAGGCUGAAGGAGUGUGCUCUUUAUAAGCUGGAUCACCUCUUUGAAAGGGAUGUUGCAAACCGAAAGGCUUUUGUCAACAUGCCUGGCAGCCUUCAAUUGCUUGUUGACCUCCUCGAGCCCGAACAACCUUUUUCCGACAGUACGGUCACUGCUCUUCUUCUUGAGAAGCUGUCUUCGGAGCCUGCGGUGUACCAGACUUUGGGCAGGGUGCCUGAACAUCUAGAGAGGCUGGUCUCGUCAAUGAUUCAAAUUGGGGAGUCCGGAGAUGAGGAAUCCUGUGGAAAGCUUGCGAGGGUUCUGCAGGCGGUUCUGUACUGUGAGGGAGUGAACCAGGGGCUGUUGGCGAGCCUUCCUGGGUGUGUACAGAAUUUGGUUGCUUUCGCAUUAAGACAGACCGCGUCUGUUUAUGUCUCUGAGAUAGCAGAUGUAUCUUUUGAAGUUCUCGCAAGCUUGGCGGCAACAUCUGAAGAUGGGAGGCAAGAAGCGUUGGCAACGGAGUCCCUGGAAACUCUGCUUGAACGGCUGAGAUUGGCAAACGUCCCCGGGCUUUUUGAAGGGCUCGUCGAUGCUUUGGAUGACAACAGUGUAAGAGUGCAACGAGAAGCGGUGAGGGUGCUAGUGGAUUUAGCAGAGAGUUCGGUGACGGAUGGCGGCAACGAUUUGCGGGCCAUUGCAGCUGUGCCAGGGUGCCUUGAGAAACUGGUGGAGCUGCUAGGUAGCGAGGACUUGGAUGCGCAACUUAACGCAGCGCAGGCUUUACGAAACCUCGCGAUAGAUGACGGGCUCGCCAAGGCCAUAGCCGAGGUGCCAGAGUGCCUUCAGACCCUUUUCGACCUGCUGCAAGAUGAGGCGACAGAUUGUGAAGAGGUUGACGUUCAAAGGGCUGCUGCGUGGGCGCUCUACAAUCUCGCAUGCGAUGCCGGGACUCGCAAAGCGGUGGCGGGGGUCGAUGGGGCGGUUGAGUGCUUGGCAAGCUUGUUAGACGACGCUUAUCAGGAUCUUGUAGAGCCGGCAGUUGCACUCCUGGGGCAACUGGCUUCAGAUCCCGAAGGCAGAAGAAGUAUAGUCUCCGUCUCGCCACCUUGUCUCGGGGUCUUGCACGAGCUGCUGAGUAGCGAAGCUGCCACCGUACGGGAGCACGCCGCAUGGGUAUUCCACGGCCUAGCAGAGGACGGCGAGCUUCGCGAGUCGGUCGCACGUCUCCCGGGGAUCUUUGAGAAGCUGGCGGGGCUUCUGACCUCUGGGUCCACGGACCUGGCAAAAGAGGCGGUUAAGGCCCUGCGAAAUCUUUCGGCGGGGGUCGUGGGGCGGCGGGCGAUUGCUGCGGAGGCGGGCGCCGUGCAAAAGCUAGACAGCCUCUCAAAAGCGGGGGAGCUGGAGGAAGUGAGGGCGGCUGCGGCGGAGAUUUUGCGGAACCUGGCAGGGGGACCCUCUGUGGAAGAGAGUGCCGCAAGAGGGGCUCACGGGGAAGGGAGCGGCACGGUUGGUUUGGACUUUAGGGGUUUCGCAGUUGAGCAGUCGGAAAUUCAGGAACGUGGAGUGAGGGGCGGUGGGAGGCUGGAAGAAGAGGACGGCAGGGGCAGGGCAAGUGCAGAUUCGCGGACAAAGUGGCGGCGUUCCGCACGACGCGCGCCCAGGCAGCAGCUCGCCGGCAAUCGCGUGCGUGGCACGCGCACGCUCACCGUUAGUAGAACGUACGGCGCACAGAGUGCGGCUUUCAGCACGCCCAUGUGCCGGACGGCGCAUUUACGAAGUGGGCGUGAAGUGCGCGCACAGAAGGCCAAAAGGAGGGACAUCGACGUGGCGUUGAAGCAUACUCUGCUCGUGUCGGCUCUGAGUCGAGCCGCCUGUCUACAGCGCCUGUAAUUGUCCUCAGAGCAUCUUGCAUCUGUGGGUAUGUGAUGGCGGAAGUGUCGGGUUCAAAAGGGUAAUUUUUCGAGCUAUUGACUGGUCGUUAACGGCUAGGACUGUGUAGACUGUUAGCUAUUCUGUCACCGCCCUACACCCGGAGCUGCCCAUCGAAGUUAAGGCGCUUAGUAUGCGCGCGGGAAGAAAUAACCGCCUUAAUCUGCGGAAAUUUCCACUGUCGUGAAGUUCAUUGUCAGGUCAUGGUGGCGUAUUAUCCAGUGUAGAUGAAGUUGUUCUUGCCAUUAAAGAGGACCUUUGACCUAGUGCCAGAUCAAGUACAUAUUAAGUCGCCAGGCAACCCUGUGCCAAACAUCCGACCAUUGCUGUACUGGCCGGCAUCACUACGUAU